AUGUCUGAGAAUAAUCACGUAGCAGAGCAAGAUUCGGAUUCGGAUCCUCAUUUGGGAACCCAAUCAAAUGGGGAAACGGAAUCAACAAUUGAUCAGGGAGUUAAGCAGGUAACCCAUGUUGAUCACCAAGAUGAUGUUUUGGAAGAACCCGAAGAUGGGAAAUCCACAGAUACUGCCAAAGAUGACAUGUUUGAAGAUUGCCCUGACGAGCUAAUUACAUUCGAUGGUAGGAUUAAGGAAGAAGAAGCUGUAGCUACUGAAAAUGAAGAUGGAAAGGAAGAGGGAAGUCGAAUUCUUGAAUUUGACAAUGGCGUAGCGGGGGAGCUGGAGCAGCUGCGUUUUAAGUUGGAGAAUGCUGUUGCUGAGAAAGAAAGUGUCGUGGAGGAAUACCAGGAACUUUUAUCUGCGAGGGACUUUGAGAUUGAGAAUCUAAAUGCGAAGGUUUCUGAAUUAGUGCUAUCCAAUGAGAGCUUGCAAGUUUCGUUACAAGCUCAGCUUGAAAAAGAUGGUGAUAUUGAUAAUGUGGUGGAUAGGAUGAUAUCCUCUCUUGCAACUGUUGUUAAUCGAGAGCAAGUAUUGGAUUAUUCUAGAAGUGGGAAAAUAGUUUAUAUCGAGGAAAGUACUGCACAUUUGAUUCAAAAGUAUAAUCAGUUUCUUUCUGAAAUUUAUCAACUUGGGCAGUCGUUUUCUGAGGUUGGAUUGGGUUCUAUAGCGAAUGAAUAUGGGAACAUACUUGUUGAUGCUCGAGGUGGGUUGCUAGAGCUCAAGAGAAAGGAAGAAGAAUUGGUUCAAAAACUUUCUUAUUUAGAAGAUGAAAAUCAUAAGCUGGUUGAAGAGCUUGACAAGGAAAAGGUGAUAAUAGGGAAAUUGAAUACUGAGCUUGGAAAUGUAAAAGUAGAACUAGAGCAGGAAAAGGUUAAAUGUGCUAAUACCAAAGAGAAGCUUAGUAUGGCUGUGACAAAAGGAAAGGCUUUGGUACAGCAGCGAGAUUUACUAAAGUCAUCUCUGGCCGAUAAGUCCAGUGAGCUUGAGAAAUGUUUAAUUGAAUUGCAGGAGAAAUCAGCUUCACUAGAAGUUGCUGAACUUACUAAACAAGAGUUGGGCCGGAGUGAAAAUAUGGUUGCAUCCCUGAAUAAUUCAUUACAGCAAAAUCAUACAAUUUUUGAGCAAGUAGAAGAAAUCUUGUCUCAUGCCAAACUUGAUCAGCCUGAAAUGCUUGAUUUGCCAGAGACACUAAGAUGGCUUGUGGAUGACAGAAAUAAACUCAAGGGUGCCUUCUUGGAACUACGCAAAUUGAAGGAUUCUCUAUCUCUAUUAGACCUACCAGAGUCUGUUUCAUCAUCUGAUCUGGAAUCACAAAUGAAAUGGCUUAUAGAUUCUUUUCAUAAGGCCCACAAUGAUAUUUAUGUUCUACAGGAAGAAGUUUCUACAAUCAAGGAAGCAUCCAUAAAUCAUAUUGAUCAGAUGAGUAUUUCACUUUUGGUGGACUCACAGGAAAAAGAUUACCUUCAGGCUGAAUUAGCAGAUUUGAGGUUUGAAUAUGGAGAGCUUGUUGGCAAGAACCAUCAGAUUUCUUUGGAGAAGGAUCAGAUAGUGAAAAUGUUAAUUGAUUUUUCCGGUCUAAACAUGAAUGAUGAAGGAAUUGAUCAAUUCUCUUCCACCACUUUGAUGAUUAUUGACUUAUGUUUUCAAAAAUUGAAAGGACAGAGUGGUUCCCUCUCCAAAGCAUCUCAUAUUGAUUCUGCAUUGUUUGAAAAGAUUCAAAGUCUCCUGUAUGUCAGGGAUCAGAGCUUAAUGCUGUACGAAGACAUACUUGAAGAAGAUUUUCUAAUUAGAUCUGAUGUGAAUAAGCUGUCAAAUGAGUUAAAAGUGGUAUCUGAUGAACUUAUAGCACUGAAAGAAGAAAGGAGUUCUCUUCUGAAAGAUCUUGAACGAUCAGAGAAAAUUCAAAGUCUCCUGUAUGUCAGGGAUCAAAGCUUAACGCUGUAUGAAGACAUACUUGAAGAAGACUUGCUAGUUAGAUCUGAUGUGAAUAAGUUGUCAGAUGAGUUAAAAGUGGUAUCUGAGGAAGUUAUAGCACUGAAAGAAGAAAGGAAUUCUCUGCUGAAAGAUCUUGGACGAUCAGAGGAAAAGACUGGCAUGCUUAGGGACAAGUUGUCCAUGGCAGUUAAGAAAGGAAAGGGAUUAGUUCAAGAUAGGGACAAUCUAAAAGGUCUUAUAAAUGAAAAGAACUCAGAGAUUGAGCAGUUGAAGGUUGAUUUGCAGAAGCAUGAAUCUGCAGUUUCUGAAUACAAGGAUGAGAUCAAGAGAUUGUCCAAUGAUUUGGAAAGCAUUCCUAAACUAGAGACUGAUCUUCUGGAAAUAAAAAAGGAAAGGAAUCAGUUUGAACAGUUUUUGAUGGAGAGCAAUAACAUGUUGCAGAGAGUGAUGGAAUGCAUUGAUGGUAUCGUUCUUCCAGACGAUUCAGUUUUUGGUGAACCUAUAGAUAAGGUGAAGUGGCUCGCUGGUUUUGUCAAUGAUUGCCAAGAUGCUAAGGUGCAUGUAGAGCAACAGUUGCAGUUAGUUAAGGAGGAAGCCGGUAUACUUGAAGUUAAAUUGGCAGAAGCCCAAGAAACUGUAAACUCCCUUGAGCAAAGAUUAUCUUCUUCAGAGGAUACUGUUUCUCAACUUGCUGAAGAAAAGACAGAGUUAGAACGCGAGGGAGAAAAAGUUGUGGAAGAGUUACAGAAUGUUAAAGAAAAAGUUGCUGAAGCUUGCAGUACUAAUAAGCUUCUUGAAGACGCCUUAUCACAGGCAGAAAAAGAUAUUUCUGUGCUUUCUGAAGAGAAAGAGCAGGCUCAAGUAUCUAGAGUUGCUGCAGAGACAGAGUUAGAGAGAUUUAGAGAUGAAGCAGUCAGGAAGACAGGUGAACUAGCAGAAGCCAGCAGAACCAUAAAGGAUCUAGAAGUUGAACUAUCUCAGGUUGAGAGUAAGUUCAAUUUAUUGACUGAAAAAAAUAAUGCUGAUCAAGUUGUCAAGACUGACUUGGAAAAUGAAUUGAAGAAGCUGCAAGAUGAAGCAGAAAUUUAUGCUAGCCAUUCAGUUGGUUCCUCUGCAACUAUAACAUCACUGGAAGAUGAAUUGUUGAAGGCUCGAAAUGGUAUUUCUACCCUAGAAAAUGCAAAUGAAAUCGCCAAACAAGAAAUAUCUUCGCUCAGUUCAAAGUUAAGUUCAUACAUGCUUGACUUAUCAGGAAAGAAUGGCCACUUAAGUAUCAAAUCCCUAGCGCUUCUUAAUUCCUUUAAUUAUCUUCUGGCGCAUAUUAGAGACGAUACUCUAUUUCUCAAGAUAAAACAAUGCUUUGAGAGGAAAUGUGAGACCUUGGAGAAAGUGGAUCUCACUGUGAACAAAGUAAAUAACUAUCUUACCCUGGCUGCUAAAGAUUCUGAAGGGCACCUUGAGAUGGAGGAAGAUCCACCCGUAAGAAAAUCAUUUGCGGCCAACCUUGAAAAUUUUGAAGUUGAAAUGGACAAAGGAGAGACUAUUACUAUUGAAUCAAUAAUCUCAUCAAUUGGAAAAAUUGGAGAAGAAUUAUCGUUGAGAAGCAAACAUAUUGCAGAUAAGUUUGAUGAAUUUUCGGAUUCUGUUGAUGAAUUUCUUUCUCCUCUCCCUGGAAAACUACUGGAAACCGAGUCAAAUAUAAUAGCUAUUGUUGAGCACAUGAAAAUUAUGAAAGAAGAGGCAAAUAGUGUGGCAAAUUUGAAAGAAGAAAAGGAUAAUAUUAUCGCCAAUUUAGAGAAUGAUAUCAGUUUAUUGCUGUCGUCAUGCAUUGAUUCUACCAAUGAACUUCAGAAUGGAGUUCACCAAAAUCUUGGGCAACUUGGCUCCACUUUUGAGGUCGAGAAGUUCAACCAUGAAGCUGAUGAACAAGUAGAACAUCACAGAGACAGUAAAUAUGCAGACGCAUCAAGAAAGUUGAUAAAUGCUUCUGGAAAAGUUCAAACUUUGAUUAGACAGUUCAAAUAUAAAAGUGAGCAAGUAGAUACAACAGUUAGAGAUUUGCAGGCCAAAUUGAAUGAAACGUCAGUUGCUUUUGAAUUGGCUACAGAGGAGAAAGACUUCAAUAAGAACAGAGUUUUGCAGUUGGAGUCUGAUAUUCAAUCACUCGAAAUUGCUUGCAGUGAGCUUAAGGAUAAGGUAGAGGGUUAUCACGUCCUAGAAGAAAAAUUAAAGGAAAAAGAGGAAGAGAUUUCAUCAAUGCACAGUGCUUUGAUGGCAAAAGAAGAAGAAAGCUCCAUCCUCUCAGCAUCUCAGUUAAGAGAUAUCUUUGACAAGAUAGAUAGGAUCGAUAUCCCGAUUGUAGAAUCUGAAGACGAUUUGGAGCUACAUACUUCAGACCCUGUGAAGAAGCUCUCUUAUAUUAUUGAUAGUGUUACUAGGUUGCAUCAUGAAAUAAAUUCUCUGUCUCAUGAUAAAAAAGAGAUGCAAGCAAUCCUUGACACCAAGGUUCUUGAAAUUAAUGAUUUAAAGGAGGAAGUCAAACAACUCAAUAGACACUGUGAAGACUCAAAAAUGGUCAAAAGCGAACUUUUUGAACUAACCUCUGUCUUGGAAAAAAUUAUAGAUAUUUUGGGAGCCAACGACUGGGUUGUAGAUAGAAAAUCUAAAGAUGUUAGAGAAGUAUUGCCAGCAUUGGAAAAGCAUAUCAUUGCCAUUCUUUUUGAAUCUGAAAAUUCAAAAUCUAAGGUCCAGGAACUUGGUACUAAAUUAGUUGGAAGUCAGAAGGUUAUUGAUGAAUUAACAACCAAGGUUAAGUUACUUGAAGAUUCAGUUCAAGAUAGGAAUUCUCAGCCAGAAAUUGUCCAGGAAAGGAACAUAUAUGAAGCACCCAUAUUACCUGCUAGCUCCGAGAUAACUGAAGUUGAAGAGGGAUCUCGUGGCAAGAAAACAUUAUCUCCUGUCCCAUCGGCUGCUCACGUGCGAAGUAUGCGAAAAGGAUCUACUGACCAUCUUGCACUUGAUAUUAGUAUGGAGUCUGAUCAUUUAAUCAACAGUACUGAUACCAAUGAUGAUAAAGGUCAUGUAUUCAAGUCUCUGAACACUUCUGGAUUCGUACCGAAACAAGGAAAGCUCAUUGCAGAUCGUAUUGACGGAAUAUGGGUAUCUGGUAGCGGUGUUCUCAUGAGUCGCCCGAGAGCAAGAUUAGGACUCAUCGGCUAUCUGCUACUCAUGCAUAUAUGGCUACUGGGGACAGUAUUGUAG